AUGUCCUUUACCAUCGUUGCGCCACAGGUUCAGGAGCACGACUAUACUGGCACGCCUUAUGUUCCUAUCUUCGUGAUGCUACCUUUGGGACUCAUCAAUAUGGAGUGUGAGUUGGUUGAUCCUGAUAACUUGAUAAACCAACUGAGAAUCCUUAAAUCGAGCAAUGUUGACGGUGUUAUGGUUGAUUGCUGCUAUAUAUUCCGCCCCCUCCAUUUCCGGAUCCUGGAUCCGCCACUGGUUGAAGCACAUACCCCUCAGAAGUAUAACUGGUCCGGCUAUAGGAAGCUGUUUCAGAUUGUACAAGAUCUCGAUCUCAAGCUGCAAGUGGUUAUGUCUUUUCAUGAAUGUGGAAGCAAUGUUGGCGAUGAUGUUCAUAUUCCGCUUCCAAAAUGGAUCAUGGAAAUUGGUAGUAAAAAUCCAGACAUUUUCUUCACGGAUAGAGAGGGAAGACGCAACCAUGAAUGCCUCACUUGGGGAAUUGACAAACAACGGGUUUUGGAAGGUAGAAAUGCUCUUGAGGUUUAUUUUGAUUAUAUGAGAAGCUUCCGAGUAGAGUUCUAUGAGUUCUUUGAGGAUGGAUUUAUCUCUGAAAUUGAAAUAGGGCUGAACCAUGGCUGGGAAUAUCCUGAUAUUGGUGAAUUUCAGUGCUAUGAUAAAUACUUGAUGGAGAGUUUAGUAAAGGCAGCAGAGGCAAGGGGACACUUGAUUUGGGGUAGAGCACCUAAUAAUGCAGGUUCAUGUAACUCCAAACCACAAGAUACACGAUUCUUUUGUGAUGGAGGUGAAUACAAUAGUCUCUAUGGUCAGUUCUUUCUAAAAUGGUAUUCCGGAGUCUUGGUUGACCGUGCUGAUCGAGUUCUAGCCAUGGCAAAUAUUGCCUUUGAAAGAACGCCUAUUGCAGUGAAGCUCUCAGGCAUCCACUGGUGGUACAAAACUGCCAGUCAUGCUGCAGAGUUAACUGCAGGUUUCUACAAUCCUGCCAAUCGCGAUGGAUAUGCUACUAUAGCAUCAGUACUGAAAAAGCACGAGGCUACUCUUAAUUUUACAUGUGUUGAGCUAAGAACAUUGGAUCAACACGAAGAUUUUCCAGAGGCAUUAGCAGAUCCAGAAGGACUGGUGUGGCAGGUGCUAAAUGCUGCUUGGGAUGCCGACAUACCAGUUGCAAGUGAAAAUGCUCUUCCAUGCUAUGACAAAGAAGGCUACAACAAAAUACUGGACAUUGCAAAACCUUUCGGGGACUUAGAUGGAAGACAUUUAUCUGCAUUUACCUACCUCAGGCUAACCCCACAGUUGUUGGAGGAACAAAAUUUCAUGGAGUUCGAGAGAUUUGUCAAAAGAGUGCAUGGGGAAUUUGUUGAAAACGUGCAACCUCAUCAUGAAGAGGAGACGGAAGAGGCAGUAACUCUUGAUUAGCUCGAGAAGAGCAAGAUGUGGCACAUGCUAUUGCUCUCUCUCGCCCUCAAUACCAAGG